UCUCCCAUUCAUAUGCAACCAGGGCAGACCCUGCUUAGCAAAGAGGCAAGUCAUGCUUGUUACCACAAGACCAGCCGUCCUCCGUUGCCUUCUUCCCCGAUGACAGCUGGCGUUCACGGGUAUACUGCUUCUGGAGAUGGAGGCUCCAUUUAGCCCUCUUGGCCAUUGAUAGACCCUCCCUCUCCGUGGAUUUUCUCAUCCUCUUUUAAAUGGAGGACAAUGGACAACACAGUGGAUCAGCAACAACACCCGCUCUUUGGUGGGGCUUUUUCUGCCCUUCUCCCCCCUGGAAGCUUAGAUGUCAGUGAGCUGCGCCAGGUCCCUGACAACCAAGAAGUCUUUGUUCAUCCCAGCACAGAUCAGAGCAUCAUCAUAGAGCUCCUGGAAUACCAGGCGGGUGUGGCAGAUGAAAACGCAGCCAGGUAUCACUUUGAGGACAUGGCAGGUCCUUCUGCCAAUGCAGAGAUCUUGAGCCAAGAACCGCUUGUGCCCCAGCUCCUGGCGCUAGACGGUUGCAGCAGCGCCUGGUGCCUCACUGCCUCCCAACGGGUAGCCAAAUUCAACGAGGAGGCCAAAAAUGAGGUGAACCAGCAUUUAGCUCUGCUCCGCCUGCCCCAGUAUGGAACAGAUCUGCUUCUCACCUUCAACAACCCCAUUCACAUUCACCCUCUAAGCAGCAGCGCAGCCCGGAGAACAGAAGUCCCGCCUCCUCCCCCUUCCCAUGCGCCCUGGACGGUAGAGCAUUUCCACACCUUCGUACGGAGCCUCCGGCUUCUGGACCCCGGAAUCUUCGGUUAGGACUCCUUGCUUGGCCGGCCGUCUGGCAUCCGCCCUCGCCCCACGCACACCACAAGUGCAGCGUCCUCGGCCCAAACUCUCAACAGGCUGCUCAAACGCCUGGGUUGCUUGUGGGCUACCGGGCCCUCACUGCUUGCGGCGGGCGGACGGACGGACGGACAUGGACGCAGCCUCCCAAAGGGCAGACAGGAGUUUCGUGGCACACCGUCGGCAAAAAGCGGUUCCAGGUCUCCUUGUCUUUGGGCGACAUUCGCCGGCCGGGCUGCAGUCUGAGGCCCGGCCUGGUCUGCUCGUCUCAGCUCUCUCGGCUUCCUCCUGCUGCUGCUCCUGCUCCCUACCUUGUCUCAGCUUCUGUCAUAAGAUGGGACUCUCUCUCUGGGCUGUUCUAACCCAGUUGCCAAUACACCAUUAACAACUA